UUUGCCCCUAGUUAAGGUACUGGACGUGUCUAUGAGCAUAAAUGCCGGUGUGGUGAGGCUGAAGACAGCAGCCUAGCUUCCACAGCUGUGUCCUCAGCCUGCGCUCAUACAGCUCACCUAGUGUAGAGGAGACGACAGUGGGAGAAGCUCCAGCUAGUCGAGGUAGAUGGCUAAAGCUGACCACCGUUUUGGCCAGAGAGAUGGCUCGGACCAGAACUUCGACUACAUGUUCAAGCUGCUCAUCAUUGGCAACAGCAGUGUGGGCAAAACCAGCUUUUUGUUCAGAUAUGCAGAUGAUUCCUUCAGCAACUCCUUCGUCAGCACCGUUGGCAUCGACUUCAAAGUGAAGACCGUCUACCGGAAUGACAAGAGGGUCAAACUCCAAAUUUGGGACACAGCAGGUCAGGAACGCUACAGGACCAUCACUACGGCCUACUACAGAGGAGCAAUGGGCUUCAUUCUCAUGUAUGACAUCACCAAUGAGGAGUCUUUUAAUGCAGUGCAGGACUGGGCAACCCAGAUUAAGACCUACUCGUGGGACAACGCUCAGGUUAUUUUAGUGGGAAAUAAAUGUGACAUGGAUGAUGAGAGAGUCAUUCCUUCGGAGAAAGGCAAGCACUUGGCUGAUCAGUUAGGGUUUGAGUACUAUGAGGCAAGUGCCAAAGAGAACAUCAACGUCAGGCAAGUGUUCGAACGCCUGGUGGACAUCAUCUGCGUGAAGAUGUCUGAGCGAGUGGACACAGACCCGUCCAUAGUGUCCGGAGCCAAGACCACUCGGCUUACUGACAAACCAGCGCAACUACCUCAGAAUUGCUGCUGAUUUAGUCGGCUUACGCUGCUGUCAUGCUAACCUAGCACAUUCUCUCGGUCUGCUUUCCAUUUCCAUUUCAUUUCCAUCAACAUGGACUAGUAGAUUUCUGCUACUGCCAUUGAGCACAUGUCUAACUUUGGAUAAGUUUGAAGUCAAAGCAGGGACUACAGCAAAGCACAAAACUGAAUUUUAGGCACAUGUUCACUGCCAGAAAUAGAUACAGAAUGUCUCACGUGACUAAAUCAGACGUCAACAAGUGUAUUAUUAUAGCAUAAUCGGUGCUUUAAAAUAAUCUGUGAAGCUUCUCUUAAUGUGUAUACAAUCUCUCUUUGCUCCUUUUCCUUGAUCGUUGCUUGGUGAAAAAAAAGGCACAAGCGUAACCUAAACUCAGACAAUUGCAGAGCGGCCAUAACAACGGUAUAUUAUGCACAAUAAUGGUCGGUUCUGUUUUCAGGGUGGUUUUGAUGUUCUAGUUUUUAACUUGGGCAGAACCACUGGCUGUUGGGUUCCUUCUAAUAUAUCUACAAUGGGCACAAAAGGUGUGUUUUUGGACAUAUGGAGCACUUUGCAAAUGAACACUGUUCAAUAUAUUGUGAUGUAAAGGUAGUUUAGUACUUGACGUAAGUCAAGAUGAAUAGCCUGUGUCUUACGAAAACAAAAAUCGAAUCAGUCGCAUAAAAAGUGAGUAUUCUGUUGUGGAAUAUAUACAUAUAUGUAUGCAUAUUUGAACGUUCUGUGUGUAUAACAAAUCGUACAUCCAGCUGUCAGGUUGUUACUCCACAUAUUUACGCUUCACUUAACUCUUACAGCAUCGACAGAUUAAAAACGAAUACCUAUCUUUAGAGACGCCAGUAUAUGUAUAUUGUAAAACUCGUUGUGCCACAAAUUUAUAUUACAGAAACGUAGCAAAUCCUCGUGGAGUUCUACAUGUAUCGCAUACAAUGAGUUUUUAAUCCAGUGACGUUAGAUAUUUAUGACCGAUGUUUUAUGUAACUACUCUGAAAUUUAUUUUAAAGGAGAUAUUUAUAAUUCAGAUGUUAUAAGCUAUCAGACUGGUCUUUGCUGAGUAGAUAUUUAUUUUUUAUGCUGCCACAACUUAUGCUGGGAACAUAUAGAUGUACUGUAACUUUGCUGUCGGUGACUUUUGACUGGUAGAAAAUUUGCACAGGGGCGUAAAGUGAUUGUACAUAUCAUUGUAAGUCUGUUUUAGAUGCAAUUUGUAACAAUAAACGUACCAGUCAUACCAUAUUAUGUGCACAUCGUGUAAACAUCAGAUGUUUCUGUUGAUGAGUGUAAUUAAAGCAACACUUUGGACAAACUGAAAAA